CUCCAUGGAGGAGCAGGAAAACAACUUUGUGCUUUCCCUUGAAGCCAACACCAGCAGCAGGUGCAGCCUUGAGACCAACCAAACAGAGGCCCCAAUGUGCUGGGCAGGAGCAACCAGGGGUGGCCCAGAGGUGGUGAUUGUACCGGUGCUUUUUGGGUUGAUUUUUCUCCUGGGAAUGGUGGGAAACACGUUAGUGUUGGUUGUUUUGGGGCGUCUCCGGCCUGGGGGACGCCCAUCACGCAGUGCCACCAAUAUCUUCAUCCUGAACUUAAGCAUUGCAGACUUCUCCUUUCUGCUCUUCUGCGUUCCCUUCCAGGCCACCAUCUACUCCCUGCCAGAGUGGAUCUUCGGUGCCUUCUUUUGCAAGUGGGUUCACUACUUGGCCAUGGCUACAAUGCUGGUCAGCAUUUUCACUCUGGUGGCCAUGUCUGUGGACAGAUACAUUGCUGUGGUCCAUGCCAAACGCUCGCCCUGCAUCCGCAGCAAGCGCAAUGCUGCCCUCGGCGUGGCUGUCAUCUGGCUGCUGUCUCUCCUCAUUGCCAUCCCUGUGGCCCAGCACCAGGCCCUCAUGAGUGGCCAUCAGCAAGCACCCAACAGCUCUUUCUGCUGGGAGCACUGGGCAAACGGUUCCACAGCCAAACAGAUGUACAAGAUUACCAUCCUGCUGGUGGGAUACCUCCUGCCCCUGCUGCUCAUCACCUGCUGCUAUGCCAAGGUUUUAUACCAUCUCCAUACGAAAGUAAAGAACAUUUCCAAGAAGUCAGAGAGAUCAAAGAAGAAGACAGCGCAGACAGUGCUUCUCGUGGUUGCUGUGUUCCUGCUCUCCUGGCUGCCACACCACAUCAUCACCAUGUGGGCAGAGUUUGGGCACUUUCCCCUGAACAACAUCUCCUUUACCUUCCGCAUCAUCUCUCACUGCUUGGCCUACGGGAACUCUUGCAUCAACCCCAUCCUUUACGCUUUCCUCUCGGAGAAUUUCCGCAAGGCCUGCCGGCAAGUCUUCACCUGCAAGCUCUUCCUGCGGCCGGUUUCCACUGAGAAACUGGCCAGAGUGCGCAUGGAGAACUUCUCUACCACGCACUCCACCACGAAUGUGUAAGCUGGGCUCACAAAUAUGUUUCAGGAGGAAGAGGAGGG